CCGCCGCUACUGGUGGAGGAUAAGUCACGUGCGCUAUGCAAAUGAGACAGCUGUCCAAGAGGAAGGCUCUGCGGGCUGAAGAUGGCGGACGCAGAGACGAGUCUCGGAGCGGCCUGUUCGGGCGCUUCCGAUAUGGAGGAACCUUCCGCGAAAAGGUCGAAAAUUAGCCCGGGAACGAGCUGCGGACCCACGGGCGCUCGAGAAGAAGAACCCUGCGGCGCCUCCGGGGCCACGGACAGCCGGGGAGCCGCCAUUACAGAUUUCCUCGGUGGUGACGGUCUGGCCGUGUCGCCGGGCCGCCUCGACGAGGACCAGGACCGCCUUGACGGGGACCAGGACCGCCUCGACGAGGACCAGGACCGCCUCAACGAGGACCAGGACCGCCUUGACGGGGACCAGGACCGCCUCAACGAGGACGACGGCGGAUCGUCGCACGCGAGCUCCAGCGACUGGGCGCCUCAGCCGCAGAUAGGCUCCUACAGCUUCAUCCAGCAGCACAUCAGGGAGACGGACCCCCGUACCAUCCUGAGGGAGCUGCUGCCAGAGACCGUGCUGCCGCCCGACCUGGACGACAUGACGCUGUGGCAGAUCAUCAUCAACAUCUCCGAGCCGCCCAAGAGGAAGAAGAGGAAGGACGUGAACACCUUGGAGGACGUGGUCCGGCUGCUGCACCAGAGCAAACGGAUCCUGGUGCUGACCGGUGCCGGGGUGUCGGUUUCUUGUGGAAUACCAGAUUUUCGCUCCAGAGAUGGAAUCUAUGCCCGGCUCGCUGUGGACUUCCCGGACCUUCCAGACCCUCAGGCCAUGUUCGACAUCGAGUACUUCAGGCGGGACCCCAGACCCUUUUUCAAGUUUGCUAAGGAGAUCUACCCCGGCCAGUUCCAGCCCUCCCCGUGUCACAAGUUCAUAUCCAUGCUGGAUAAGCAGGGAAAGCUGCUGCGCAACUACACGCAGAACAUCGACACGCUGGAGCAGGUGUCCGGCGUGGAGCGGAUCAUCCAGUGUCACGGGUCGUUUGCGACCGCUUCCUGUCUCGUUUGUAAACACAAAGUGGAUUGUGAAGCGAUCAGGGAAGACAUCUUUAACCAGGUCGUCCCGCGCUGUCCACGCUGUCCGGACGUCCCCCUGGCCAUCAUGAAGCCUGACAUCGUCUUCUUCGGGGAGAACCUUCCAGAGAUGUUCCACAGGGCCAUGAAGCAGGAUAAAGAUGAAGUGGACCUCUUGAUCGUCAUCGGCUCGUCCCUUAAAGUGCGCCCGGUGGCCCUCAUCCCGAACUCCAUUCCACACGAAGUGCCUCAGGUCCUGAUCAACAGGGAGCAGCUGCCUCACCUCAACUUCGACGUGGAGCUGCUCGGCGACUGCGACGUCAUCGUCAACGAGCUCUGCCACCGGCUGGGCGGAGACUUCGAGCAGCUCUGCUACAACAUCGUCAGACUCAGCGAGACCACGGAGAAACCGCCCCGGCUACCGGAGCCGCCGCCGAGCGAGGCCUCGCCCGCCGCGGCUCAGGAGGAGGAGCGGCGGCUCAUCACGGACUCUGUGACGCCGCCGCCGGAGGAGACGGAGAGCCUGAACGACGCCGCCGGUAGUGACGCCGCUCCUCCAGAGCCGUGUCCGGACGCUCGCUGCCCCAGCGAAGAGACGGCCGAGCCGGCAGAGUUACCGGCAGAAGACGCACCGCCAAGAGAGGAGGAAGAGGAGGAGGAGGAGGAGGGCACCGCUGACGUAAAGAGCCAAACCUCCAACCUUGAGCUUCGCAGACGAUGCUGGAUGAGUCGAAUCAACAGAAGUCCGAUCAGCAAACGCCUUGAGACGGCCCAGUACCUGUUCCAGGCCCCCAACCACUACAUCUUCCACGGCGCCGAGGUCUACUCCGACUCCGAGGACGAGACGUCGAGCUCCUGCGGCAGCGACGAGUCCGACUGCAGCGGCGGCGGCGAAGAGGACGACAGCGAGGAGCCGGAGGAGGCGGAGGCGCUCGCCGCGGAGGGAGCGGCGCGCCUCCGAGACUCAUUCCUCCGCGCGCUCGCCGACGAGGCGCCGAGCGCGCGGACGGACAGUACUUGUGAUCAAACUCAAAGCACCACACCUCUUUGAAUGGACCCAGUCCACUAAGCACUAAUGCUCUUUCCUAUAUCUUUUUUGACUCAUCAACCGUCCUAUUAUUUUUUUUUUCAUAAAGUUGAAAUUGCUUGACAACUUCGAUGACGACGGCAAGUUUUUCUUCACGAGCGUCGAGUCUGACGCGCUGUCGACUCCUGACGGCACGGAGCGUCCUCUAGUCCUUCAUGCUCCUCUAGUCCUUCAUGCUCCUCUAGUCCUUCAUGCUCCUCUAGUCCUUCAUGCUCCUCUAGUCCUUCAUGCUCCU